AUGGCGUCUCGCUCUCUGUACAACGUCAUGAUCAUCGGGGCCGGCGAGAUCAACUUUGGCUCGCCAGAGGGGCCUUGGAACCACACGCUGCGCCUCGAGCGCAUUCUUGGAGACCGCCUCCGAGUCCUGGCUCUCAUUGAUCCAGACACUUCCCGGUGCGCCUCUCGCAUCGACGAGAAAACCAGCUCGAGCCCCACGUCCUCCAGCUGGUCCGCCUGCCGUGCCUUUGCCAACAUUGACGAUGCCUCGACGGCUCUCGCCGGUCAGUCGAUCGACCUCAUCGUCGUAGGGUGCCCACCGCACUUCCGCGGCACCACGACGCCGGGCAAGGACACCGACGUGCUCGUCAGUCGCGCCUUCCCGCGUGCAGGGUCCAUCCUUGUCGAGAAGCCCGUUGCCGCCGUCGAUCCAAAGGGCGGAGAGUGCCAUGCGGCCUUAAAGGAGAUGCAUGUCUGGUCUCAGGCUAACGGCGAGGCGCUGGGAGUAGGAUACAUGCUCCGAUACAGCAAGGCCGUAGCUGCAAUCCGCGAGAUACUGUCAGAGCACAAGCUGAUUCCAACCUGUAUCAAUGCGAGGUACUUCAUGGCCUACGAGUUUGCUCGCAAGCUCUCGUGGUGGGACAAGUCGGCCUCUUGCGGCCCCGUCGUGGAGCAGGCUACGCACUUUGUCGAUCUGGUCCGACACAUUGCCGGCGUCUCCUCCAACCCGGCUCUCCUCGACACUGUCAGGGCCACGGCGGUCGAGCACAACGAGCCCGCUGGGGCGCUUUCCAAGCUCGGGUUCGACGAGAGUCUCAUCGAGGAGCCAAAGAGGGUCCCCAGAGUCACGACUGCGUUCUGGAAGCAUCAGCUCGGGACGAUUGGCACCCUCUGCCAUGGCAUCACGCUUCAUGGCACCACCUACGACACCGAGCUCGAAGUCCUGGCCGAUGGCUGGGUGAUGCGCCUGCGAGACGCCUAUGGGCGCUCACCCUCGCUCUCGAUCCGCAGGCCGGGCGCCGCGCAAGAAGAGAAAGUCGUCUUCGAAGACGACGACCCGUUCUACACGCAGAUGGCCACGUUUGUAGCGGCCAGCGAGUCGCGCGAGGCGCCCCGCCCGCUCAGCACGUACGAGGACGCGCUGGGCACCUACGAGCUUACCUGGCAGAUCCGCCAUGCCAGCGAGGAGCGCCUUGCACGCUAA